AUGCUAUAUCUCCAACUCACAUACUUCCAUCCAGCAACAUACGAACCCAGUUACCGCGCACACUCUCACAGCGGUACAUUUGAUUUCGAAUCCUGGACAUGCCAAAGUAUCCGGUUCUCGAACGAAUUUUCGCAUAAGUAUUGUGCUGCUGCAAAAGCUGGACGUGUUAUAGAGGCUCUUUUGUGUUUUAAUGCAAUUUUCGUUACUGUUUUGAGCAUUCCGGUGUUGCGGAGAGAACGGAGUAUUAUUUAUCGGGUAAAUUUAUAUGAUUGUAUGGGAAGACGGGCU